GAACUGGCCGGCUUGGCUCGCGGUGGCCAGAAACUGGGAAAGCUGAAGAAGAACUACUUUGAGGCAGUCAAGCUGCUCGUGGAGCUGGCUUCCCUGCAGACAUCUUUCAUCACCCUGGACAGCGUCAUCAAGACCACCAACCGACGUGUGAACGCCAUUGAGUACGUGAUCAUUCCUCGCAUUGACCGCACCCUUCAGUACAUCACAUCCGAGCUCGACGAGAGGGAGAGGGAGGAGUUCUUCAGGCUAAAGAAGGUCCAGGAGAAGAAGAAGGCUCAGAAGGCGCUCCGCGAGGCCGAGUUGGCGAAGCUGCAGCCCAAGACUAUGACGAAGGAGAUGGAGGAGCAUCCGCGUAACAUUCUCCAAGACGACUCUGGCGACGAGGACAUCCUGUUCACCUGAUGAGACCUGUCUCGCAUGGAUGAGGCUGUAAGAAAAACCUGUGCGAAUCCCUCUCUGGUUGCCGAACGUGGUCUCUCUUACUGCAUCCAUGC